AUGAACAGCCACUCAGCACCUCGCAAGCCUGCAAACAACGGCUCAAUGCUCCUCACCCCGCAGGAAAACGACUGUCUGUUCGGAUACCUGGGCAGGAAAUGCGCUGUAAGUCCGGCUCUGCAGCACAUGGCCACGGUGGACAUCAAGAACCCGGAGAUCAACAACCGCUUCCACAACUCCCACAGCCACCAGCAGCAGCAGCAGCAGCAGCCGUACCACAUCAACAACAUGCUGAGCCACGGCGGCCUGGCACGAAAAGACAAGAAGACCAAAGGCAAGAAGAAGAAGCUGACCAAGGCCGACAUCGGGACGCCAAGCAACUUCCAGCACAUCGGUCACGUGGGCUGGGAUCCUAACACAGGUUUUGAUCUGAACAAUCUGGACCCGGAGCUGAAGAACCUGUUCGACAUGUGCGGCAUCUCGGAGGCUCAGCUGAAGGACCGAGAGACGUCGAAGGUCAUCUACGACUUCAUCGAGAAGAAAGGAGGAGUGGAGGCUGUGAAGAACGAGCUGAGGAGGCAGGCUCCACCUCCACCUCCCUCUCGUGGUGGCCCCCCUCCUCCUCCUCCUCCCCCACACAGCUCAGCUCCCCCCCACAGCUCAGCUCCCCCGCCUCCCCCUCCUCCCCCGUCCAGAGGGGGCCGAGGAGCCCCCCCUCCCCCUCCUCCGUCCCGAGCCCCCGCCUCAGCUCCUCCUCCCCCGCCUCCCUCCAGGCCAGGAACUCUGGGUGCUCCUCCUCCCCCGCCCCCUCCCACCAGAGGAGGCCACCAGCCGCCUCCCCCUCCCCACCACCACCACCACCAUCACCACCAGCCCCCCCCUCCUCCUCCGUCACACGCCUCCAUCGCCCCUCAGGCUCCGCCCCCUCCGCCUCCUCCUAUGACCCAGCAGCAGCAGUCUCCACCUGGCUCCACCCCGGCUGCUCCUCCACCUCCUCCUCCGCCCCCGCCCCCGCCCGGCCCUCCUCCCCCUCCGGAGAUGGACGGGGGCGGGGACUCGCCCCACUCGCCGCUGCCCGGGGGGAAGUCGGCGCUGCUGGAGCAGAUCAGAGGCGGAGCUCAGCUGAAGAAGUGUGAGCAGAACAACAAAGCGCCGGCGUCCAACACCGGCCGAGACGCUCUGCUGGACCAGAUCAGACAAGGCAUCCAACUCAAGACUGUGUCGGACCUUCCAGAGUCCGGUCCUCCGACGCCGGCUCCCACCGCCGGCAUCGUGGGCGCUCUCAUGGAGGUGAUGCAGAAGAGGAGCAAAGCCAUCCAUUCCUCAGACGAAGACGAGGAUGAUGAUGAAGACGAGGACUUUGAGGAUGAUGACGAGUGGGACGACUAAUGAAGACCCCCUCCUC